AUGGGUCUGCGCAGAGCCAGCUUGGGUUCAGAGCAUUUCUUAGGUCAGGGCAGGAUCUAUUUCUCCCCAUUACCUGCUCAAAAGCCCAAAUCUCCAAAAGCCAAGCACCCUGGAAGCACGCUGCAGCUGCAGUGUUCACUUCUGCAGUGUGGCAAGUACAGGAGCUGCAAGAAGGUGAAACCUGUCUACGAUAUAGCUGACAUAAGGACGGCCCCCAACCCAUCCUCCCCUCACCCCGGGCACCCACCCGUGUUUCUGCCGCCCCCACGCCCCGUUCCCUCCCCUGCCCCACGCCCCGUUCCCUCCCCUGCCCCACGCCCCGUUCCCUCCCCUGCCCCACGCCCCGUUCCCUCCCCUGCCCCACGCCCCGUUCCCUCCCCUGCCCCACGCCUCUCCUCUGCAGCCGCCCCGCCCCUGCGCCCACCCCCCCAGCCGGCCCUGCCGCGCCGGUCCUGCCGCACCGCCCCUCCCUCCAGCCCCUCCCGCGCCGGCAGCGGCACAGGGGCUUCUCUCCCUCGCUGCUCCCGAGGGAAGAGCCGCCUCGGUGCCCUCGUUCAGAGGGAGCCUCCCGUCCCCACAGGGGUCCCCUCCGCAGCACAUAUCCUCCCCCCCUCCGCCGAGAGCGCUGGGGGCUGUAGUUCCGUCCCGCCGCCUCUUCCGGCAGCCCCAGCGCCCGGCGGGGGGGCGCGGACUACACUUCCCGGCACGCUCCGCGGGAGAUGGGGGGGGCGCCCCUGCCCUGCUCCAGCCUCUACCGCUGGUUUCCCCCCCAUCCCCGCCGCCUCUCUCAGCGUGGCGGGGUCUGAGCCGCCGCCCGCCGCGGGCAACAGCGCCCUGAGGGGCUGCCCCGUUCCCGGGCCCUGCCGUUACCUGGGAGAGCCGGGGCUAUUUUUAACCUGGAUGUGUUCUGUGAUUUGUUUCCCACACAGCACAGAAACUGGCACGGCUGAGGGGCUGGGAGCCAGGAGGGCUGACGCUUGGGACACGUCCUCGUGGUGGGCUGCCAAGGACGGUGGCAGUGUCCCCUCGCCCAGGGCGGUGGCCCCGGGCACACGGCAUCAUCCGCGCUGCUGGCCCGACCCUUCCCUGGAGACCUACUUCUGCUGGGAGAGGCAAGGAAACCUCAGCUGGAGCGAGGAUUUACCUGAUGUGCUGUAUCUUCAGAGUGUGGCCAAAACACAGGACAGCCUGCAACGGGGCUCUCCUAAUCCUCUUGCUCAAGGCUGGUGGCUUCGAAAAAAAUCACAGCUCCAUUGUGCUCCAAAGUCAUACUGAAUGAUUCAGAUGAAAAGAAAAACCCACGUCACAAGGAACAGGGGACUCAAAGACGAGUGUCGAGGCCAGCAGACCGGGGACAUGGAUCCCAGGCAGCAGCAGCUCAUCCUGAGAAUGUUCCACCCUGUGACAGCAGCAACAUGAUGGUUUAUCCCUCCGUGCUGCAGGACUGUAGAAGACAAGUGCUGCUCACGCUGUUAGGGGAGUUCCUAAGCACCCUUGGCCCCACGGGGCUGGCGCUGAUUGCCUGGGGGUGGUGGGGCAGCAGGACAGCCCUCCUGUGCUAGCUGGGGGACGCAGAUCCAGCCCCCCGCAGCCGAGGGAGGUGAACUCCCUCCUUCCUCCUGGAGCAGGGCUGCCAGCGGCGGAGGUCAGGCAGGGCAGCAGGAAGGGGCAGGGUCACCAGGCAGGGAGGCAGAGCCCGGAGCUCCUGGGCGGCAGCAGAGCAUGCAGCGACAGACAGUGCUGCCGUCACCGAACAUCUGGCUAGAAUGCUCCCCCAAAAUAGAUCACUUCCUUCUUCCACCUCAAAGGAAACUGUGUUGGAAGGAGACUCAGAGCAGCGCUGGUGCAAGGAGGGAUCUCGUUCAUGGGCAGCCUCCCACUGGGUGCCACGGACACAUUCCGGGUGUGACGCUGGGACCAGACAUCAGGCAGGUUCCAAGGGAUUAGUCCUGCGAAACGCCCCGACAACCCACGUGGGUGCCGAGCCUCUCAGCGCCCCGGAGCAGAAACCCACCAGCACUUUCCAUCGGUGGCUGGUAUUGCAAAACCAACACUGUUCCCAAAAGCUGCUCCGGUGCCGAGGGGCUCAGACUGUGAUCAGCCCUCACCUACAUCUUCCAGCACCAGUUUUACAUUACAGUGCUGCUUCACAGCAUCUUCCUUAUUGGCAGGCAUCAGGAGAAAUGUGUGUCAACAAAUCCGAAGCGAGCGUAAGCGCCGCUGAUAAUAAAACAUGAGUCACUGUUACUCAAUCAUUUAGCAGCGCAUGUCUUGCAAGAAAGUUCUCUCUUCUAGGAAUCACCACCGCACAAAUUCGAGAGUUGUUUUAAUGAUCACCCUGGUUUUUAACUUCCUUAGCUGAGUUUUCAGAGGGCUACUUCCUGCUAUCCCUGCUUGCAGCCCACCGCCCUGUGCUCCCUCUGCAUCUUGUGUUUCAAAGCCAGGCGUGAGGCAUCCAGCUCUGGCAUGACCUGAUGUUCUUCCUAGCAGUUUUAACACUCAGUGUCCCCAACACCAGGAGCAAACUGGCAGCAAGGAGGGGGCUGCUGGGACUGACCCCCCAGUUGCCAUCAAUGCCCCCCAGACCAUCUCUGGUGCCGCUGGCCAGUGUUUAGGGGAUGCGCAUUUUUCUGCUGGGCUGGGAUGAGGAAGAGUGUGGUCAACCCCAGCAUUUUGGCAAGGGAGAUUUUUUUUUCCCAUAAAGGCAUUAUUUUCAUUGUUUUCUUACAUUUCAGUUUGGGAAGGAGCAGGAGGGGUCAGGGAUGUCUUCCCAGACAUUUCUUCAAAACCGUUUUUAUCCUUGGUAACAAAUGCCCCUGCCAAACACAGCAGCACACGUCCUCAGUUUCCCCUCCGUACGCCUGAUUUCUUGAAUGGCUUCUUGGAAAAACCAUUUACAUGGUGACCUCUUGCUGCUGUAAGAUGUGCAGGGAGAUGGGUCCUUUCCAGGCAUUCAAGCUGUGGUGCUUGGUGCUUCCUGUUUUUACUGAGGAACUUUUAGGAGGUCAGAAAUACAUGAAUUGAGCUUUUGCUGCCUUAAUAGGUGAAAGGCUGCUGGAAGCACGUGGAUAAACUUCCUCUGUGCCAAAUGACCGUCAUUUAAGUCAAACAUUUUUUAACAAUAGAAGCAAAAUUUUAAAAGGUGUAGUUAAAAAAAACCCCACCACAUUUGCCUGUCUGUCCUCCUUGCUCCGUGCUGCUCUGCCUCUUGCUGCUUAGCUUGAUCUCGAGCACUCCUGCUGCAGGGAAGGCUUGAGCUUCUGAUGUGGCAAACAGGUAGACUAAGCUAAUUUAUCGCUCAAGUCUUUUAUUCCAUCACAGAGUGGCAAAAGGGAAGGCUCGUCUCUCUUGUGGGUCACCUCUAAUAGCAAUUGCUUCAGCAAGAUGGAUUUCAAAAUUAGGUGCUCUCGAAGCAGAAGCCAUGCUGUAUUUUUCAAAAGCUCAAAGCAGCCGUAAGAGGAAUCUGACCUUCAUUCUUCAUAAUAAAUUCACUGGGGAAAAAAAAAAUCCAUCUUUGUUUUUCAGCUUGAAGUACUGUCAAAAGAAAAGCCAGGGCACACACAAUAUAUACAAAAUAAAAACACAAGACAACUUCAGCAAAAUGACAAAAAACUCAGAGAUUUACUUUUCCUGCUUUUUUUUACUCAAACAUUGGAAUAGAGUCUGACAGCUUGUCUGCAAGUACAUUGUUUUGGAAUAAAGGCUGGUGUUAAUUUAAAAUGGAUAAACUAGGCUAAAUUAAGACCACCUCAAAGUGGUUUUACGAUGUAGAGUGCAAUCCAGUAGCUAAGUCUGGGGAAAAGUUUAUUGAUAUACACCCACAUUUAGGCACCCCACUGGACUUAGCACGUUUGUAAAACGUCCCUGAAUGUAUUUCAGGUGCUAAAAUAAUGUCUGCUGCAGCCUGCCAAAAGAAAAUGUCACACAGUUAUUUUUUGCUAAAGCGCCCCAAAAAGAUGUGAUCUGCAGUCAAAUACAGACUUGUAAGCUAAAGAAUAUAGUGGAGGAAUGCUUGAAAAUAUUUGGCAUUUUACUAUUAAUAAAAUGAUUGGCACAUUUUGGUCCUAAAAGCCUGUAGCUUGUCAGCUGCCACUGGCACAGCCUGGAAAUGGUGAAAAUUAAUCAUCUCUUGUAUUAAACACUAUCUUUGUAUUUUGCCAUGUCUCUGUUACAGACUCUGCAUUGAAUAACUCAUUAUAACCCAACACAGCACAUUGCCUUUAUUCCUUUAAUCUCCUUGUCAGGCAUAGCUGGGAAGGCAGAAUGGGAAUGUUUAUUUUAACUAGCAGGUCCAUCCCUUAGGCUGGCAAGAAUUAGGAGAGGUUUUUCCCAAGCUCGGCUUGUCUCCCAUCCAGAGAACCUAAUGCUGUGGCUGCAGUCCACCCGGCUCCUCUUCUGGAGGAGUCACUGAAAUCCAUCAUCCCACUUUCUAGCAAACCUAGACCCAGCUGUUACUCAGCCUUUUCUCCUUCAGGAUGGGCUGGUUACCCUGAUAAAAGCAGCUGUAAAGAGGCUCAGUGUCAGCAGCACCCUAAUUAAGCUGCAGAAAUCAGCCACUUCACACCCCUUAGUUCAGGUUUCCAGGGGCCCCUUGGCCUGGACAGAAACAUUUUGUUAAAUAAGCUCAGCUGUUUGCUAGAGCUGGUGUGACCACUGAAAGCUGGGCAGAAGGGAUGAACAUUGUCCAUACAUUUACUUACACCAGCUUAAAGUUACAGAGCAUAUCUAGGUGGUUGCAGCUGCAGCUUCUUUCAGGACCAACUCGAGAUAACCAUAAAAAUCAGUCUGGUUUCAUCUGGCAUUCAAGGUAUCUUGAGUAACUCCCACGUUUUAACAUUCAAGUUCUCUCCAGACCAAUCAAUUUUUUGUUGUUUAGAACAGCAAAAGCCUGUUCUUUACCUCUACAACAAGCAUUUAUGUGAAGGUUACAGCCCUAGGAGAUGCUUUUUGAUAGUGAUGUCAACGCCAUCAGUUCCCCUGUAGGGAACCACUACCUAAACCAGUCGCACUUCCACUGCUCAUUAUCCCUCUUCCACAGCAAGCACCCACUUUGAAAGAUCAAGGGAAGGCAGAUUCAGGCUGAAGUGUCAGCAGUAACUGACCUCGGAUCAGGCAAUCUUGCAGUGCCCAAGUCUGACCCAUCCGUGAAGAGACUCAGACAGUUCUGACCAAGAGGAUUCAUUAACCACUGGAGCUUCCAGGGGAGCACAGCUGUGGAACAGCGAGGUCCUUUCCAGCAACAACCUGCAGUAGCUUUUCUUUAAAAAGAAGAACUGAUCUACCUAUGGCAUUUCUCUUUCCCCAACAACACUUCCACUGUUUCAAACCCUUUUAUGGCAGACACAAGCGAAGGCUUUGUUCCUGACAUCCAUGUGCAGCUCAACUGAAUUACAGGAACGUACCAAGCACUCCUGAGAAAACCACAGCCACUCUGGAGAGCUGGGGAGGCUUUGCAGCAUCUCCCACCCAUCACCAGCCUCUGCAGUGACACAGGGGGUUCUUUUCCUCAGUAAGCAGCAUCGAUGAUUACAUUACCUACCCUCUCCAGCCUCCAGCACGCUCUGUUACCACUGUGCUAAAGUCAAAGGCAGGGCAAAGGCCGUGCCUGGCUGCCGGGGAAGCGCUCGCUACUCAUCUCCUAAGUUCAGCUGAAUCCUCUAGGUUACUUCUGUCAACAUCAAGCACUGAGAACAAAGGCACAAGAUUAUGGGGCUCUCAUUAAGAAUGCUUGUUCCAAGAACAAGAAAUGUGUCUACUUUCCUCUGAUGACCUGGGGAAACAAAAAAACCCUUCAGCACAGAAAAUUUAUUUGUCAUCAGUUACGAACAUUUGAAUGUGUAAUAUCCAGUUUAAGGAGACAAAAAAGUCUGUCUGUCCUACCCUUUCUACAUCGAGACCUUGCAAACAGCAUCGUUUUUCUGCUUGAAACAGAAAGCAGGGAUGAUGUACAUAUCUGAGAACACCAACACACACAAAAGCCCCCAAAUCCUUAGGGUAUUAAGUGAGCCGUUUAACUAAGUAUUUAAAACCUCUGCAAUUAUUAGUUUAUUAGUAUCAUCCAGGAUUUCAGAUGUUCAAUAUUUCUCCUGAAGUUAUACAUAAAUGCAAAUCGAAAUAAGAAUCUGAAAGUCAAAAUUGUAUAACAAAACAAUACUCCAUCACAAAAGCGUGUAAAAUUACAAGAAUGCUUUUUUUUGUUUGUUUUUUAACACUGGCACUUAAGAGAACCAUAAUUUUGUAACCACAAAAUUGCCGAAUUGUCCCCCAAACUGGUAAGCAGGUAUAUGUGAAAAUAGUUACAGCUGCCAGCACUUGAAGUUUUACUAAAUAUGCAAAAAACCCCUUAGCUUUGGUUUUGGAAGAGAACUGUAUUUGACCAAAUUAGACAUUGUUGGUAUAACCAUAAACAUUUAACUUUUUAAUGCAAAAUUUAAUAAAAUGUACUUUUCCAUACAACUAUAUUUAACUUAAAAAUGGGCAAACAUCAAGAGUGCGGUAUAAAACCUAACAGGAAAAAUACAUCUUAUCUCAUUUUCAAUUUGAGACAAUAUACAACUUUGUUUAAAGGGCUAAAACUAGAAUUUCAAGAAUACAAAUAUGAAUUUACAUAGAUUUAACAAAUAAUAAUGGUACCAUUUAUAGAAAUCUUAGAAAGAAAAAUCAUUUCUUGUGGGCCCUUUGCUACCAGGAGUCUCAUGGUAUAAAGCCCGUGGCCAUCACCAGACCUGUCACCAAAAAAUAAUAUGGUCAUUUCAUGCUUUUAACUUUACACAUUUUAGGUACGCUCAUCACUCCCAGGUGUUCAGAGAUUUACAAAUAUAACUUCCAUUACAUGGUAACAGAGUCACACGUGUAAAUUUCUCCACACCGGAUGGACAUACACUCUUCCUAUGGGUCCUUCUAGGACAAAAUUUAACAUUCCCUCCCUCCCCACCCCCCAAAGUAUUUAGUUUCUGUAAAAUUGAACUCUGUACUUCUCAACUCUCCAAGACUGGUAAACUCAUGCAACGCAAUAGAAUAUUACAUUUCACAAAAAUCUGAACAAGUAUCCGUUUGCUGAGAUUGAAUUUUUUGUUGUUUCCAGUUAUGGAAGAAUAUUUUCAUCAUAUGCCUAUAUAUUUCUUUUCUUACCCUAUCAUGAUAAUGCAGGGUAUGCAGAUCAAAGCUUUGUUUAUCAGCUGGUUAUAUGAAAGAUGAAAACUGUAAUAUUCCCGUGAUCCCAUACGGGCAUUCAAUAAAGCAAAAGAUGAGUUCCCCUCAAAAGAAAAAAAAAAAAAGAAAAAAAAAAAAAAAGAGAAAAGAAAAAGUAUGAUUCUCAAGGGCACCUAUUAAAAGGACAACAAUACUAAUAAAAAAAAUUGUAUUUACUUAGAAGCAUUCAGAAUGUCAACAAAACAGCUGCAACUUUUUUUCUUCCUUUUUGCAAUUACAGAGUGGUAUUCAGUUAACAGAACAACAAUUAAUUUUAUGAUGCAUCAGAGACAACUGAAGAUGAGAAAUUAACUACAUCCCCAAAUAUAACUAAAUUUGUGCUGUGCACCAACAAGAACCUGCUUUAUAAUUCCCAUGCCAAUUUACAACCCCCACACUGUACCAGGCAAGGUUAGUGGCCAUUGAAAUACCACUAAGGACAGGGCUAUCUAAAGACACAUUCGGUAGUGUGUUAACUAUACAAAAAAAGAGACACUGUACAGUUUAAAAACAAAUCUUACACAGCCUUACAUUUCAAUUUUUUU